AUGUCUCUCCAACUCCCUCAAGACUCGCCGUCGCGGCCGCUAAGCAUCCGAACCACGGGAACUUCGGCGACGAUGACGGAUAAGACUGGGGAAGCAUGGCGAGGCACUGUCGACAAGCACAACUGCUGGGAGGAUCUCAUAUUGACACUAGACGGAGGAGGCAUUCGAGGCUACUCCAGCCUGCUCAUUGUCCAGCGGCUCAUGCACGAGGUAGCCAAAUGCGAGCGGCGACUACAAGACGAGGAGGGUCCUGUAUGUGGCAGCACGCGCAAGGAGUUCAACGAGGACGAGCUGCUGCCAUGUCACUACUUCGACUACAUGUACGGCACCAGCACAGGAGGUCUCAUCUCAGUGAUGCUGGCGCGCCUACGGAUGACCGUACCGCAAUGCCUCGAGAUCUACAGGCAGGUCGGUCACGAGCUGUUUGGUCGUAGACGAAACAUCCUCCCGUUGGCGACAAAGUACCACCACAAGCCGCUCGAGAAGGCAGUACAGAAGAUUGUGAGCCAAUACUGCAAACUGCAUGUAGGAUGCGAUGGCACAGAUUGGCAUCCUUGGGACUGGGACCCCGUGGACGAGGAGUCGCCCAACCCUUCGGCUACCUCUACUGUCAACAGCAGUUCUACGUACAAGAGCUCGUACAGUGGUGCGCCGAUCCAACCGAUCGACAGAAUCUGCCAAUCAAUCUGCCUGACUGCGACACACAACGGACAAAUUGAUGAGGCGUAUUUACUCCGGUCCUAUAAUCACCGAUACGAUCAAGAAAUACUGCCACCCUGGGUGCGACCGUACAACGAGGGAGCAGACAAGCUCAAGAUCUGGCAGGUGACGCGCGCCACAUCAGCAGCGCCCUUCUACUUCGACAUGCUGUUCGCAGACGUUGGCAAAGGCCGCGGGUGGAAAGGCUUUAAAGACGGCGGGAUCCGCGAGAACAAUCCAUCGUACGCAGCGUAUAGUGAACACGCUUCAUUAAGAGGAGACGAACACGAGCCCGCUUUACUCCUGUCGAUUGGUACUGGGCGCCCAAACAACAAUAACGACGGGUUCGCUGCAGUUUGGCCAGGCCCUCUUGGAAAAAUCCCACUCCUCCAAAAGUGGAGCGAGAAGUUCGCAGUCUUCAAGAAUGUCUUGAUCAAGUACACCGAAGGCGAAGCGCGGCACAAGACAAUGCGCACCAUAGCCAAAGGCGAGCACCGAUGGUACAAACGCCUGAAUGUCGAUCAAGGCAUGGAGGGACUCGCGCUCGACAACUGGGAGAAGGGGCCCUGGUUUAACAUCUGCACCGGUGAGGAGAAAGUCGUCUCAGGCGGCAAGACACUGUCGCGCAUGGAAAAAGCUUCCGGCGACUACCUCAACCGUGACAACGUCGAGACGUUAGACGGCGUCAAGGAGUACCGUCCGCCGAAGAUCGUGCUCCAGCAAAUUGCAGAGCGCCUUGUGCGACACCGACGCUUACGCGAGGAGACUAAGAACGACAAUCCCAAGCGAUGGCAGACUUACAUGGGCCAGUGGCUGACCGGUGAGCUGAGAGACGAAGACUCAGCGAUCCAUGUCUCCCCUCCCAUGAGCAGGAAGGGCUCCAAGUCAAAGUCUCGGCCGACGACAUCCGGACGCACGGCACACGUGAGCGGCACUGCGCAAGCAUCCUGA